CGGGCACAUUGCUGCUAGCCAGACGCUGCUUUUGUGGAAUUGUUAAUUAUUUACUUCGGCGAGCAUGCAAAUGAACCCGAGCGUUACAAUCGAGCGCAAACGCGUCGACUGCAGUGUCCUGCCAAAAGGAUGGCAGCGCGAGGAGGUCCGCAAAUCGGGCAAUAGCUCCAAUAGCAACGCCAGCAGCAACAACAACAGCAGCACCACCACAGCCAGCAACAACAACAAUAACAAGGUGGAUGUUUUCUACUACAGUCCCACAGGAAAAAGGGCGGAGGGAAAGCCGCAGGAUAUUACAAUCCCUGAUUUCCAAUCCGGAAAGAUGCAACAACGGGCCCUGCCCUCGCCAUCUAUUUCACUGUAUCGCUGCAGUGCCAUGCCGCUACCCUUGACCAGUGGCGGUGGAAAUGGUUCCACUACCGGAUCGCAGGCCAAUGCUCUCAAGCGCAAGUUUGCCAGGAGCCAAGGAGGCACUGCUACAGCAGGAGGUGCUGCUCCUCCGGCCGUGGUCCCGUUAUCAACAGCUGCAGCCUCAUCUGCAUCACCAUCAACGACCAAUCGCCAGCAGCAACAGAACGAACUCAGCCGAGCCCUGCGCACAGAUGUCUCCCUGGUGCCGCCAAUCCGACAGACUGCAUCGAUCUUCAAGCAACCGGUGACGGCAAUUCGCAAUCACAGUCAGGAUCCUGCCAAAGUGAAGCAUGAUACCAAGCAUGGCACUCGAGAGAAGCCCAAACAGCUCUUCUGGGAGAAGCGGCUGGAAAGACUCCGCGCCUGCCACGACAGCGGGGAGGAGCUUGACGACAUCUCACUGCCCAAGACCAUACGCACCGUUGGCCCGAAUGUCAACGAACAGACCGUCCUCCAGUCGGUGGCUACGGCACUACAUAUGCUCAAUGCCGGCGUCCACGGCCAGAGCUCCACGAAGGCUGACUUGACCAAGAAUGCGAUGGCAUUCAUGAAUCCCGAACAGCCGCUAAUGCACGCGGUAAUCAUCUCAGAGGACGACAUACGCAAGCAGGAGGACCGGGUCGGUGUGGCGCGGCGAAAGCUGCAGGACGCGCUCAAGACAUGAGUGCGUUGGAUACCCCUCAUGCAUCUACCAAUUCCACUGUAGACUCUAACUUCUCUAUCGUAUUGACCCCUAUUCGAAAUUUACAUUUAAGACUAGUGAGUAAUAAACCAAAACCAACUCCAA